GCGCGGCCGCACCCAGUGCGCCAGGCGAGGGAAUGAUGGUCUGCAGGUGAGGUUGGGAAGGCGGCUGUAAACGUACCCUUUACAUGUCGGUUUGGAACUCGGAUUUGUGAGAACUGCGUGGAUGGAAGAGCACCUGCGAUAAUCCCCUGCGCUCAUCCACCGAGAAAACACUUUUUCAGUUUUCAACAUGAAUCAACACCAAACAUAUGAUCCUGGUCAAUCAACGGCAAAGACAUCCCAUAGAACAAGAGUAGACACCUUGAGAAUUAACACACAGAGGCGGCGUGGAGAGUAUCAUCGUGAAUCUGAAGUGUUGACUGCUGAAGAAGUGUGAUGAUCUCAUCAGAGUAACAAAUGCCUAAUUUCACUUGAGCUGACGUUCUCCACCACAACCCCACCCCCCUAGCUGUCACCGUAGUCCACACACCCAGCCCCCGACUCUCCAGCUGCUCACCGGAAAUGUGCAUGGACAUUGACGGCAACGAUGAGCCUGGCUGCUACUGCAACCGCUCGGUAGACUUCUUCUACAACGAAAGUGGAAAGCUAAUUAGUACGGUAUGGAGAACAAAGGACUUAGUGGUAGUGGGCUUGGGCCUCACUGUGUGUGUUGUUGUCAUCCUGGCCAAUGUUCUGGUCAUGGCUGCCAUCUUCAUCAACCGGCGCUUCCACUAUCCCAUCUACUACCUCUUGGGCAACCUGGCAGCAGCUGACUUGUUUGCUGGCCUCUCUUACCUUUAUCUCAUGUUCCACACGGGUCCAUGGACAAGCAAAUUGAGCAAGGGUGGGUGGUUCAUCCGCCAAGGCCUGAUCGACACCAGCCUGACUGCCUCUGUGGUCAACUUGUUGGCUGUGGCAGUGGAGCGACACCAGACCAUCUUCACUAUGCAGCUGCACAGCAAGAUGACAAACCGGAGAGUGAUGCUACUUAUCUUGGGCAUCUGGGUGGUGGCUGUGAUCAUGGGUCUGAUCCCCACACUGGGAUGGAACUGCCUAUGCGACUUGUCAGGCUGUUCAGUCAUGGCACCCAUGUAUAGCCGCAGUUACCUGGUCUUCUGGGCUGUGCUGAACUUGGUCACCUUCUCCAUCAUGGUGGUGGUCUACCUGCGGAUCUUCCUUUAUGUACGCCACAAGAGCCGAAGUAUGUCGCAGCACACCACGCAGAGGAAGCAUAAGGAAACCGUUGUGAGCCUCAUGAAGACUGUGACCAUGAUCCUAGGGGCCUUUGUGAUCUGCUGGACCCCAGGUUUGGUGGUCCUGCUGCUGGAUGGGCUUAAGUGUACAGCCUGCAGUGUGCUCAAAGUGGAGAAGUUCGUCCUUGUUCUGGCUGAGUGCAACUCAGUGGUGAACCCCAUUAUCUAUUCGCUACGGGAUGAGGAGAUGCUGACGACGUUCAAGCGCAUCCUGUGCUGUCUCUGCAGGCGGGGUGGCAGCCAGACAGGCAUACCGUCGAGUGUUCGCUUUGGUACUCUGAAGCAAGAGACAAUUAAAAAAUGUGAAACAGAAUUAAAGAAGAUGACUAACCCCAACUCGCCCGGCGAUGGCGUUUGAGAGUGGACGUGAAAUUAUCGACCAGGGUAACACUGACACACAACCCAACAGGCUCCCAGGCAGAAUCAUAAACCUGCCCAGCCAGUUAUAACUCAGGACAUACCACUAGUUCAGGAAGUCCAAUGUCCCUUAUGGUCCUAGGACAUUAAUUGAAUUGGCCUGUAGCCUUUUUAAUAA